AUGAGUGUGCAGAGCUCGCCUAGCAGCUCGCCCGGCAGCACGUCACGCUCGUCGAUGCCGCCCACGCCGAAGCUGGCACUCUCGCGUGAGCAGAUCCUCGAGCAGCUGCACGCGCAAGAUGCGCAACAGGCGCGUGAGAUGGGUCUCGUGGUUGUGGGCCACGUCGAUGCGGGCAAGUCGACUCUCAUGGGGCGCAUGCUCGUGGAGCUCGGUCAAGUGUCGGAGCGCGAGCACCAGUCGAAUGCGCGCCAGAGUGCGAAGAUGGGCAAAGGCAGCUUUGCGUAUGCUUGGGCGCUCGACUCGUCCGAGGAGGAGCGCGCACGAGGCAUCACCAUCGAUGUGGCGCAGGAUUCGUUCCGCACCGAAAACACUGUGUUUCACCUGCUCGACGCACCUGGCCACAGCGACUUUGUGCCCAACAUGAUCAGUGGUGCGGCGCAGGCUGAUGCAGGCGUCCUCGUCAUUGAUGCGAUCACCGGCGCCUUUGAGGCAGGUUUUGGGCCGCGGGGGCAGACGCGUGAGCAUGCAACCUUGCUGCGCAGCCUGGGUGUGCAGCAGCUGAUUGUGGUGAUCAACAAACUCGAUGCGAUGUCGUACAGCCAGGCUCGCUACGAAGAGAUUCGCUCGCAGCUGCAGCCCUUCCUGCAACAGGGCGGGUUUGAUCUGAGCCGGCAUGUCCAGUGGGUGCCGUGUGCGGCGUUGGAAGGCGAGAACUUGCGCCAUCGGUCCCCCGAUGGCCUUCUGGCUACGUGGUAUACCGGCGCUACGCUAUCUGAAGCGCUGGAUCGUUUGCAGCAGCCGCCUCGCAUGUACGACGCUGCCUUCCGCCUGCCAGUAAGCAAUGUCUUCAAAGGCGGCUCUGCGCUCAGCUCAGGCCUUGGCGUUAGUGGGCGUAUCGUAAGUGGUUUUGUGCAGGUCGGUGAGGUGCCUGGCGACGAAUGGGGCCUUGUCAAAGCCAUUGAGAUGGACGGCGACUUGCGUCCCUGGGCCGCAGCCGGCUCGAGUGUCACGCUGUACCUGACGAACCUAGAGACGAAUCAGGUGCAUGUUGGCAGCCUGUUGAGUCCGCCGUCGGCGCUCGUCCCUCUGGCUAAAGAGAUCAUUGUGCAAGUGCUCGUGUUUCAGCCCACCUAUCCCCUGGUGCGCGGCACGGCCGUCGAAGUGUACCAUCACAGCGCCGAUAUGCCGGGCCAGUUGACAGAGCUGAUCUCGCUUCUGGAUAAGGGCACAGGCGAAACGGUGCGGCACCAACCGCGUGUACUGCAGCACCACGUUACAGCGCUCGUUCGCGUAAAGUUGGGCCACGGCACUCGCGAUGCAAGUGGCUUCCCGAUGGAGGACUUCAAAACGAACAAGGAGAUGGCGCGCGUGCUUUUCCGCAUGAAUAGUGAGACAGUGGCUGCAGGUAUUGUCGUAGACGUCUUGUAG